UUCCGAGAUAUCCGUCGAAUUCUUCUCUAACACUGCCGUAUCCAGACUAAAAAAUAAAUAAAAACGAAAGCGUGUGAAGCACUCGGUUUCCUUCUCCCAGCGCAACUUCCGGAGGAACUGUUUCCGCUUCCGGUUAGGAUGUUGACCAUGGCGGCGCUGCGGAGGCUGGCGGGCUUGCAGAGGUUGCUGGGGUUACCGGCUCGUGCCGUCUCCUCCGACCAAACAACGAAUUCCACGGUUUCUGCCCGGAUCUCCCGGGCCCCUCGCCCUCUGGAGGUGGUUGAGUGGCACCCAAUAAAGGAGCAUGAGGAGACGAACCCUUUCAUCAAGUACUGUCGAGAUUUCGUCGUGGAGGAUUGGUUCCAAGAACAACGUAUCUUUGAAAAUAUCUCAGCGGAAGACUUGAGCUGCUGUCCCUGCUUGGACUUCAAGCGCCAAACAUUGUGUUUUGUGUUGGGUGGAGGAACAUGCUUGCUCCGAGCAGGAUGUAGGUGGGAAGGUCGGGUAUCACAGCUGACUUGCCAAUAAAGAAAUAAUAAGAUUUUACUGACAGCUUGUCAUGGGAGACACCUCCACUUAUGAAUCUGCCAAUUUGAUGCAUGACACAAAGCUGGGCUUGCGAGGAGGGGAGCAAAAUUCUGUAAUUUUACCCACCCCCGAAAAAAAAAUCUCCAUUUCUGUGACACCAGAACUGAUGCAGAAGAAACCCUAGUGAUUUGACAUAGAUGAUGCUUAUGUCUCUGGAGGUGGCAUCCCAGGAUAAGGAUGGUAUUAAAGAGCAUUGGAAGCCUGGAAGGAGUCUUUUAAAAUCUAGCUACUUUUUCCACACAAACACAAGUUAAUGUCUGAAUGUGGGUGUCCUAACAAAUAUGUAAUGUUGAUUUCCUUUAAAGAAGGCUCAAGCUGUUGCCAGGGGGAGGUGUGAAGCGAACUCGUUCAUAUUCACAAUUGGAGGGGGCAGAGCGGCACAAAAAAUGUUGCUAUGUCAUCGUUAUGGAAUUAAGAUAGUUAUGGACUCUUUACAGUUUUAGAAAACGAAUAUUGAACUAGCCUUUAUAAUUAAUCCACCUAUUUUUUUUAAAUGCACCUAUUAAAAGCCGAAGCCUAGUCAAACCAUAGUUUAGGGCUUUGUUUUAGUUCUUGGGUUUGUAUUUCGCCCUUCCCACAAAGGUUAUGGCAAAUCAUUAAGUGUUAAUUUUGUACCCUAUGACCAUCAUUUGUGUUGUAAAUGCUGUACCUCGAUGAAGAUAUCUUUUCUUUUAUGUACACUGAGAGCAUAUGCACCAAGACAAAUUCCUUGUGUGUCCAAUCACACUUGGCCAAUAAAAAUUCUAUUCUA